ACGAUGAAGUCUUGGUUGGCGCCCAUAGCCAUAGUGCUGUGUAUCCUGGUGUGUGUGGCAGACGCAUACCCACCCAAACCUGAACCUCCAGCAGGAGAUGCGGGACCCGAGGAGCUGGCCAAGUACCACACAGCACUGCGCCACUACAUCAACUUGAUCACUAGGCAGAGAUAUGGAAAGAGAUCCUCUCCAGAGGUAGAGAUGGCUGAGCUGCUCUUCGGUGGUGAUGAACAGGACAUCAGGCCACGAAUGGAUGAUGGCUUGGCCUGGUAGUCUCACUGCAUUCCUGCACUUCUCAUUUGUCCUCUCUCCAUCCUUCUUCAUCCCUUUUCCUCUCCUCCAUCUCUGGAGGGUAUACCAAACAGCCAAAGCAGCAUCAAAAUAUUGGCACAUCUCUCUCUCUCUCUCUC